AUGGCUAGACAGCUGCCUAUCCAGUUCUCGGAACUGGCUCAGCUGGGCGACAAGGGCAUCUCUCCACAGUCUAUCGGCUUCAACACCUGUACAUUAGAAUCCGAUUCCUUUGUUUGCGUACGGCAAAAGUUGAGCGACGAUGAGAAGCCGCAAGUAAUAAUAGUCAACCUCAAGAACAAUGAGAUCGUCAAGAGAUCAAUCACCGCCGACAGUGCCAUCAUGCACUGGAAGCGCGACAUCCUCGCUCUCAAGGCUCAAGGCAGAACCAUCCAGGUCUACGAUCUGGCUAGCAAAGCCAAGCUGAAAUCCACAACGAUGAACGAGGAUGUUGUCUUCUGGAAGUGGUUCAGCGAGACGAGUCUUGGUCUAGUCACCGACAGCACCGUCUAUCACUGGAACAUCUUCGAUCCAACACAAGAUGCACCCAAGGAGAUGUUCAAGCGGAAUGCCAAUUUGGCUGGCAACCAGAUCAUCAACUAUCGUGUUAGCGCUGAUGAGCAGUGGAUGGCUAUUAUUGGUAUUUCGCAGAGAGAGGGUCGCGUCGCAGGUGCUCUGCAGCUUCAUUCGCAAGCACGCGGAGUCUCUCAGAACAUCGAAGCGCAUGCUGCUGCCUUCGCUACCUUCCAAGCCGAAGGUAACUCAGAGCCAUACAAGCUGUUCACCUUCUCCGUCCGAAAUGGUCCAACAAGCGCGAAGCUGCAUAUCGUCGAGAUCGACGCCAGCCAGACCGGUCCUAGAUUCACCAAGAGAGCGGUCGAUGUCUACUUCCCCGAGGAAGCCGGCAACGACUUCCCUGUCGCCAUGCAGGUCUCGUCAAAAUAUUCCAUCAUCUAUAUGGUCACCAAGUACGGUUUCAUCCACCUGUACGACCUCGAGACUGGUACCUGCAUCUUCGUGAACCGCAUCUCGAGCGAGACCGUCUUCGUCACCGCGCCAGACGCCGAUUCGACCGGUCUUGUCGCCAUCAACCGCAAAGGCGCUGUCCUGUCAGUCAGCCUCGACGAGAACUCAGUCAUCCCAUUCCUCCUCCAAGAUCCUGCGCACACCGAACUCGCCGUUAAAUUGGCAGCAAGAGCUGGGCUUGCGGGUGCGGAUAACCUGUACCAACAACAAUUCGAGAAUGCCUUCAACAGUGGCAACUAUCAAGAUGCUGCGAAGUUCGCUGCCAAUUCUCCCCGUGGCUUCCUGCGGACGCCCGAGACCAUCAAUCGCUUCAAGAAUGUCCAAGUCCAGGGCGGCCAGAUGUCAGUCAUCCUUCAAUACUUCGGCAUGUUGCUUGACAAGGGCAAGCUGAACCGAUAUGAGACUGUGGAACUCGUCAAGCCUGUACUGGCGCAGAACCGUGGGCAACUCCUCACCAAAUGGAUGGGCGAAGGAAAGCUCGAAUACUCAGAAGAGCUUGGUGACAUCGUUCGUCUACAUGACAUCAAUGCUGCUCUGGAAAUCUAUCGCGGAGCUAAUGCACCGGCUAAGACUGUCGCUGCCCUUGCCGAGACUGGACGCUUCGAGGAGAUCCUGCCAUACUCAGCUCAGUCCGGGUAUCAGCCUGACUUUGUGCAGCUCCUGCAGCACAUCGUCCGCACUAAUCCCGACAAGGGUGCCGAGUUCGCUACACAGCUGGCAAACACUGAGGGCGGUCCCAUUGUUGAUGUCGGUCGCGUCGUCGACAUCUUCAUGUCGCAGAACAUGGUUCAACAAGCUACUGCUUUCCUUCUCGACGCUCUCAAGGACAAUCGUGAAGAUCAAGGACAACUUCAGACUCGCCUACUGGAGAUGAACCUCCUCAACGCUCCUCAAGUGGCCGAUGCCAUCCUUGGCAACCAGAUGUUCACACAUUACGACAAGGCACGCAUUGCACAACUCUGCGAGCAAGCGGGUCUAUUACAGAGAGCUUUGGAGAACACUGACGACCCUACGAUCAUCAAGCGGAUCAUCGUGCAGACCGACAAGCUGACUCCCGAGUUUCUCCAACAAUACUUCAGCAGACUGUCGGUCGAUCAGUCACUUGACUCGAUGGACGAGAUGCUCAAGGUCAACAUCCGCCAGAAUCUCCAGGCAGUCCUUCAGGUCGCCACGAAGUACUCAGAGCUCUUAGGAGCCGACCGCAUUGUUGCACUCCUGGAGAAGCACCGCACUGCUGAAGGCCUCUACUACUUCCUUGGCAGCAUUGUCAACCUCAGCGAGGAUCCCGAUGUCGUCUUCAAAUACAUCGAGGCCGCCGUUACUAUGCAACAGAUGCAGGAGGUCGAGAGAAUUUGCCGCGACAACAGCCACUAUAACCCUGAGCGAGUCAAGAACUACCUCAUAGAAGCUAGGCUCAGUGAACAGCUUCCUCUGAUCAUCGUCUGCGACCGAUUUGGAUUCGUGAAGGACUUGGUCAAUUACCUCUACCGAAAUCAGCAGUUUAAGAGUAUCGAAGUGUACGUUCAGCAGGUCAACCCGUCAAGAGCGCCUCAGGUCAUCGGCGCCCUUUUGGCACUCGACUGCGAAGAAAGUGUCAUUCAGAACUUACUGCGGUCUGUCGAUCCUGCAGCUGUGCCUAUGGACGAGCUCGUCAGUGAGGUAGAGACUCAGAACCGUUUGAAGGUCCUGCUGCCUUUCCUGGAGGGCGCCCUGCAGUCUGGCAGUCAAGAUCCAGCGGUGCACAACGGAGUCGCGAAGGUCUACAUUGACACCAACAACGAUCCGGAGUCAUUUCUCAAGAAGGAUGAUCUGUUUGACACUCUUGCCAUUGGCAAGUACUGCGAGAAGCGAGACCCUAACUUGGCAUACAUCGCAUACCGCAAAGGCCAGCACGACGUGGAGUUGAUCACGCUGACGCAGGAGAAUGGCAUGUUCAGAGCUCUUGCUCGCUACCUUCUCGAGCGAGCCGAUCCCGAAGUCUAUGCCUUUGUUCUCGACGACAAGAAUGACUAUCGUCGCUCGGUCGUCGAUCAAAUCAUCUCGACUGCAGUUCCAGAGUCCACUGAGCCAGACAAGGUGUCAAUCGCUGUCAAGGCCUUCGUCGAUGCCGAUCUUCCUGCCGAGCUCAUUGAGCUGCUCGAGAAGAUCAUCCUUGAGCCGUCACCAUUCAGCGAGAAUGGCAGCUUGCAGAACCUUCUUAUGCUGACUGCUGCUAAGAGUGACAAGGCUCGUCUGAUGGACUACAUCAACAGACUUGACCAAUUUUCGGUCGACGAAAUCACAGAUCUCUGCAUUUCUCAAGGUCUCUUUGAGGAAGCCCUCGCCAUUCGGAAAAAGACCGGCAAUCACGUGGAGGCCGCUGGCGUACUCGUUGAUCACAUUGUCAGCCUGGAUAGGGCCUAUGAUUAUGCCGAGGAAGUGGACGUUCCCGAAGUCUGGAGCAAGGUCGCCAAAGCUCAGCUUGACGGUCUACGGGUCAGCGACUCGAUUGAGUCAUACAUCAAAGCCCAGGAUCCGAGCAACUACAACGAGGUGAUCGAGACCGCCUCAAGUGCAGGGAAGGAUGAAGACCUCAUCAAAUACCUUAAGAUGGCCCGGAAGACCCAACGCGAACCUGCCAUUGAUACAGCAUUGGCGUUCAGCUACGCUCGUCUCGACCAGCUACCCGAAUUGGAAGACUUCUUGCGCGCAGCCAAUGUUGCUGAUGUGGAGGCAUCUGGCGACAAAGCUUUUGAGGAGGGUUAUCACCAAGCCGCUAAGAUCUUCUUCUCCAGCAUUUCCAACUGGGCCAAGCUCGCCACUACCCUUGUCCACCUGGAGGAAUAUCAAUCAGCUGUGGAUUGCGCCCGUCGCGCUAACAGUGUCAAGGUCUGGCGAGAAGUCAACAAUGUGUGCGUUGACAAGAAGGAGUUCCGCCUGGCCCAGAUCUGCGGUCUGAAUCUCAUCGUUCAUGCAGAGGAGCUUGCAGACCUGGUCAAGCAAUAUGAGAACAACGGCUACUUCGAGGAGCUCAUCUCUCUCCUUGAAGCAGGUCUUGGCCUCGAGCGUGCACACAUGGGCAUGUUCACUCAGCUGGGCAUCGAGCUCAGCAAGCACCACCCUGAUCGAGUGAUGGAGCACCUCAAGCUAUUCUGGUCUCGCAUUGCGAUCCCCCGCAUGAUCCGGGCUUGUGAAGAAGCUCACCUAUGGCCAGAGCUUAUCUUCCUCUACUGCCACUACGACGAAUGGGACAACGCUGCUCUGGCUAUGAUGGAGCGUGCUGCUGAUGCAUGGGAGCACCACUCCUUCAAGGACAUCAUCGUCAAGGUCGCCAACCUGGAGAUCUACUAUCGUGCCAUCAACCACUACCUGCAGGAGCAACCACUUCUGCUGACCGACCUCCUUCAAGCUCUGACUCCGCGGAUAGAUGUCAAUCGUGUUGUCAAGAUCUUCACCCAGAGCGACAACAUUCCCUUCAUCAAGCCGUUCCUCCUGAACGUGCAGAACCAGAACAAGCGCUCCGUGAAUGACGCCAUCCAUGAGCUGCUUAUUGAGGAGGAAGACUACAAGACGUUGCGCGACUCAGUUGAGAAUUACGACAAUUACGAUGCGAUGAGACUUGCUCAGCGGCUGGAGAAGCACGAACUCGUCUUCUUCCGCCAGAUUGCUGCACAAAUCUACCGCAAGAACAAGCGAUGGGAAAAGUCAAUUGCUCUGUCGAAGCAAGACAAGCUGUUCAAGGACGCCAUCGAGACCGCUGCUAUUUCAGGCAAGACCGAUGUCGUCGAGGAGCUUCUGCGCUACUUCGUCGAUAUUGGCAGCCGGGAAUGCUACGUUGGCAUGCUCUACGCCUGCUACGAUCUCAUCCCAAUGCACACCGUCAUGGAAAUCUCUUGGCGACAUGGUCUCAAUGACUACACCAUGCCAUUCAUGAUUAGCUACAUGAGUCAACAAUCGGCCACAAUCGAACAGCUACGCAAAGACAACGAGGAGCGCAAGGCCCGGGAAGCCAGCCAGAAGAAGGACGAUGACAACACUCCCAUCCUCGGUGGUCGGCUAAUGCUGACCCAAGGACCCGUCAACCCAUCACCGUCGCCUGCUCCGUAUGGUCAGACUAAUGGCAUCACUCCUCAGCCGACCGGAUUCCCCCGAGCGUUCUGA